CAUCAACCCAAAAAAAAAGUUCCGAUCUUUGACAAAAAAAGAUUCGCAAAAACCAAAUCGGAAGAGAUCCGAUCACCGAUGGCGUUAUCACGACUCUCUCUACGAUCCAACCGCUUCCUCAAACCUACCCCCACCCUCCUCCGCCACGUCUCCACAGACACAACCCCCAUCACAAUCGAAACCGCCGUCCCCUUCGAAUCCCACCUCUGCGACGCGCCCUCACGCUCCGUCACAACCUCCUCCUCCGAGAUCCUCACCUUCUUCCGCGACAUGGCCCGCAUGAGACGCAUGGAGAUCGCCGCCGACUCUCUCUACAAAUCCAAACUCAUCCGCGGCUUCUGCCACCUCUACGACGGCCAAGAAGCCUUGGCCGUCGGCAUGGAGGCGGCCAUCACAAGAAAAGACGCCAUCAUAACGUCGUACAGAGACCACUGCACGUUCUUGGGGCGAGGAGGGGAGCUUGUUGACGCGUUCUCGGAGCUGAUGGGGAGGAAGAGAGGGUGCUCUAACGGGAAAGGAGGGUCGAUGCAUUUUUAUAAGAAGGAUGCGUGUUUCUACGGAGGGCAUGGGAUCGUUGGUGCGCAGAUUCCGUUGGGGUGUGGUUUGGCUUUUGCGCAGAAGUAUAAUAAGGAGGAGUUUGUUACUUUUACUUUGUAUGGUGAUGGUGCGGCCAAUCAGGGGCAGUUGUUUGAGGCUUUGAAUAUUGCUGCUCUUUGGGAUUUGCCUGCUAUUCUUGUUUGCGAGAAUAACCACUAUGGAAUGGGGACUGCUACGUGGAGGUCUGCUAAGUCUCCUGCUUAUUUUAAGCGUGGGGACUAUGUUCCUGGCUUGAAGGUGGAUGGUAUGGAUGCACUGGCUGUGAAACAGGCAUGCAAGUUCGCCAAGGAGCAUGCGCUCAAGAAUGGACCUAUCAUCCUUGAGAUGGACACCUACAGAUACCACGGUCACUCUAUGUCUGACCCAGGAAGCACCUACCGUACACGUGACGAAGUCUCCGGCGUGAGACAGGUGCGUGAUCCUAUUGAAAGGGUGAGAAAGUUGCUGUUAACUCAUGACAUAGCUACAGAAAAAGAGCUUAAGGACAUGGAGAAAGAGGUGAGGAAAGAAGUGGAUGACGCUGUAGCUCAGGCCAAGGAGAGCCCUGUACCAGAGCCAUCUGAGCUAUUCACAAACAUGUACGUGAAAGACUGUGGAGUUGAGUCAUUUGGAGCAGACAGAAAAGAACUCAAAGUCACACUUCCAUAAAACCUUGCUCCAUAGGAGAUGAAGUUUUAAUAAAUCCAAGUCAAGGCACACACAAAUCUUGAAUCUUGCUACUAAACUUUUUUCUGGUUUUCAUUUCUUUUCAAAAGUGUAAAGCCCUUGCUUUUUGCUACGUUUUUUUUUUGCCAUUUUUAUAUGCACUUCCAACAACAUUGUUACUGACACGAAGUAAUAAGCUUCAGACAUCAGUCGUUCUCUAUGUGUGAGAAAUGAUAAGAGAAGCAAGAAGAGAGCAGUUAAGAAAUAUCCUAUAUCUACUCUGGAGUAUGUAAUAAACAGGAUCGUGACGUGUGAGCUCAAAAAAUCAUCAAGAGACCCGUGUUUAAUACCGUCGUCUGCAACUACUAAUGACAUAUUUUUAGUUAGAUAAAUUGAGAGAAGAACCAACUUCGUCGUCGGUAGCAAUAAAGCCUCAUGAAUUAUUAUUAUCUUUGCUUCUACUACAAGUCCUUUUCUCAUUCCCUAAAACACACACACCAAAUCCUUUAGAACCGGCAAACUCAAUGACGCAUUCAUUCUUUUGGUUCUGCAUUUUCG